AGAAAUCGAAGGAUGGAGUGUCCAUGUUGGUUGUCGGUGCUGCUGGUGGUGUUCUUGUCCAUCCCGGCGUUCGGGUCCGAGUGCUCCAUCUGCCAAAAGAUCAACAAAGGGAGGCGAUUGGUCUGCCUGCAACUCUGCAAAUCAGCGAGCCAGACGGAGCGUCCCGCUCUCGGCGCGGUGGCCCUUAACACCAGCGAGGAAAACAAAGUCAACACGUCAGAGUCGAUCGUCAGAGCGAAAGCCGACAAGCGGCGCUCCUACCCGAUGGAGCACUUCCGCUGGAGCAAACCCCACAGGAACAAGACACAGGAACGCAGACCGGGGUCUCGCAACGCCAAAAGGGGCUACUCCAUCGAGCACUUCCGCUGGGGUAAACCCCACCGGACCGUGACACCCAAGCUGGGACACAGAGGCUCCAAGAGAAGCCCCUACGUGAUCGAGCACUUCCGAUGGAACAAACCCGUCGCCCGUAAACACAAACCGGUCAAGAUCUUUACCUUCCUGACGGACAUCGGCGGUUCACCGCAGGCUGUUCUCCACCCUCAGGCUCGCAGUCAUCUGAACAGCAAGGAGGACCGUAGUCAGAUGCCGGCGAGGCCCCAGGGGAGAAAGACCCGCUUACAAAGGGGGAGUCCGGAGAAUGCCGACAUGGAGAAGACGGAUGUCAAUAACGCUCAGGGAGUGCUGGCCGACAUGUUCAGGGACAUUCUACUGAAGGAUGUAGAGAGGAUAGUGGGCUGAGUUUGAGCAGGCUUGGCUUUUGCAUGUUGCUAUCAAUACCUACCAGUUUUUUUUUUUGUAAGCGUGUUUCAGAACAGUUUAGCUGAAGUAACAUCCGAGUGCUUUUGUUAUUCCUUGUUGCAAAUGCCUUGAAUGUAAUCGUUAAAGCCGUGGGCGUCAAAUUCGAAGCCCGCAGUCAAAUUUCCUUGUAGUUGCAGAAUAACACCAGUUGGUGGAGGUGAUGCGCCAUUAACCUGAUCUGCCAACCGCCAAUAAACACCGCAGAAGAAAAAAAAGGACGGAUAAUACUUUAGGUACAGUCGUGCUUUGUUUUGUGCUCACAUUAUUUGUGUUUGCAGUUUGUGAGGUGAUUAAAUGCUUUUAACUGCCUGCGGUCUUUUAGGCAGUACAAGUUGAGUGGAUUUUAUUUUUUUUGCGGGGCUGGGGGGGGGGGCGUAAGUUUGACACUGAAACACCGCACAUUAAAUGUCUUUUCGCAUCCUGA